AUGCUCUUCAACAAGUCCAUUCUGGCCGCUACUUUGGCCGUUUUCGCCACCGGCGUCUUUGGCCAGACAAUUGAGAUCCAAUAUGGCACCAGCAAGGACAACACCCACAAGCAGGAGGUUGAAUUGGACAUACUUACUCCACUGAAAUAUCCUGGCUAUUACUCAUACUGGUAUUCUCCGGAACCGUGCCGUGUGAUCCAACAGUUGCACUUCCUUCCCGGCAGCGACGGGUUCGGUCUUGAAAAGGGCGAGCAUGAGUUUAUUAUACCUAGAUAUAUGGCUCAUGUUAUCUGCUACCAUGAUGAUGAGGAUGAUGAGGAGGGUAAUGAUGAAUGA